GUCUAAGGCAAUAAAAAACGUGGCGACGGAAACCGAAUGAUGCUUUUAACUAAGGAAAAGAGGUCUACAAAGCAAUAAUCAGACGCAUUGGCAGGCACUUUACAAUGGUUUGUAAAGAAUUCUACGGUUCGUCAACAGUUUGCAAGAAGUACAUCAAAGCAGAAAAAGAUAAAUUGCUAACCGUUGAUCUCUCUCCGAAGUGGACUUCCUUAACACAGUUUUUCGCGGUAGUGUUUCUACCUCAGGGUUAUCCGGAGAGUGUAAGCUCAGACUAUCUUCAGUAUCAGAUAUGGGACACUGUUCAGGCUUUUGCUAGCAGUAUAACAGGCACCCUAGCUGCCCAGGCCAUGCUGAAGGGAGUCGGGGUAGGUGAUGAGAAUGCCACAAUCAUGGCAGCGACAUUGACAUGGAUUCUGAAGGAUGGGACUGGUAUGCUUGGGAGAAUAAUGUUUGCUUGGAUGCAAGGAACCAACUUGGACUGUGAUGCUAAAAGAUGGAGAUUAUUUGCAGAUAUACUGAAUGAUUUAGCCAUUUUCAUGGAAAUCUUGGCUCCAAACUUUAAAGAUUACUUCAUUCCCAUUGUCUGCGUAGCUGGAGUUUGCAAGUCCAUCGUGGGGGUAGCUGGAGGAGCUACAAGAGCAGCGCUCACUCAGCAUCAGGCUCGCAGGAACAAUAUGGCUGAUGUGUCUGCUAAAGAUGGAAGUCAGGAGACUCUGGUGAACCUAGCUGCCCUUAUCUGUAGCUUGACAUUGGUUCCUUUGGUAACAGGAAAAGAAACAUUGAUUUGGACCUUAUUUGUGCUGUUUACAAUGCUACAUCUAUAUGCCAACUACUCAGCUGUAACUAGUGUGAUUAUGGAGACACUGAAUCAGUCCCGACUCCACCUCUUAGUUCAGCACUAUCUCCAGACGGGCAGAGUUCUCUCCCUUCAAGAAGUGAAUUACAGAGAACCUGUUCUUUGGAAGACGAGAAGAAAGCUGUCUGUGUGUCUAGGAACUUCUAUAGGCAAAGUGUUCAACACAUGCAGUCAUAUAGAGGAGUCAAUAGCAGCUUAUGAAGGCAGCAAUUACAUACUAGAUCUUAACCUGAAGACAGGACGUAUAUCAAUAAUUCUGUCCUCCAAAAGCACACCCGAGGAUCAACUGCAGAGUUGUGUUCAGGCAGAAGUCAUCAGCUAUGUGUAUGAUAACCUGUAUAAAAGACAGGAUUUGCCUGAACUGAGUGACAUUGUGGCAGCAUUGGAACAGGGUGAUGUACUGAAAACCAGUGUUGUCUCCCUUAAAUACAUACGGACACACAUACAAGGUUUCUGUAGGACCUUAACUGACCAGGGCUGGCUGCGUGAACCACUACUGCUGGGUCCAGAUGAAUGGCGGGCUAAGUGGGACAAUACUGGUCUACUGGACAAAAAAGAUGUUUGAAUUUAAUAAACAGUUUCUUUUAAAAAGUA